AUGCGAGAGUAUUUACCAUCUGGCUUCUUGACUAAAGAGAGAACCCAAAUUGGCAGCAAGAAGCAAUUUUCCACCCAGUCUACAUACUCAGUGGUCGGAAAACUAAAAACUUAUACAGAUGUGCAUAGUCAAAAGCUGGAAAUCCAGUACGAUCAAUUUGGCCGACCAAAACAAGUGGUGCAAGGAGGAAAGCCGAAAAACGAGUUUAAGUAUGAUGAAUUCGGUAGAGAAAUUGAGCGUACCGUCUUUACAGGAAAGGAAUUGCUUCAUCAAUUAGGCCAAACUUACAAUGAAAUGCAUCUUCUCAUAAAUCGCACUUUAAAGGAUAGCAAAAGCAUAUUGUUGAGAGAAGAGAGCUUUGAAUAUGACCAGCAGUAUCGUUUAAUCGAUUACAAGUAUCAGGGAGCACAGCCGAUGGUGGACGAAGCGGGGCAAAAUAUUCAAAGGCAGCAGUUUAGUUUUGACAAGUAUGAGAAUCUGGUUAAGAUUGUGAACACUUUCCAAGAUGGGUCUCAAAACACCCGAAAGAACAUUUUCGGCUCCGAAGGUCCGACCCAACUAAUUAAUAUUACGAACACACAUAAGGAAUAUGCAUCAGAAAUUGCUCUGGAGUAUGACAGAAACGGGUGUCUGAUCAGAGAUGAACAGGGCCGCAGGCUCAAUUACGAUGCAAAAGGUCGUUUAAGCAUGGUAUCUGAUGCCAAAGAUAAGAUAUUGAGUCAUCAUUGCUAUGAUGCAAGCGGCAAAUUAGUGUGCCAAAAGGCAGAUGGAAUAGCUUCUUUUCUUCAUUGCCGCAACAACAAAAUUGUUGCUCUCACGUGCGGAGGCCAUAAAAUAAGUUUCCCACCGAUGUUAAAACCUACUGGGGUCAAAUUUCAUCGCAGAAAAAUGGGAGCUCUUAGAUUGGUUUUUGGGCAGACAGCCAUCAGUCAGUCUUGGCAUGGUUUGACACGCAGAAACCGGACAAUAUCAAGCACCAACAGUACAUGCCUUAUGGAUAUGGGUCAUCAGGCUCUUGGAUUCAACGGCCAGUGGAGAGAUCCCACCACUAGCUGGUAUCAUCUUGGAAAUGGGUGCCGCGUAUACAACCCCGUAUUGAUGCGCUUCCAUAGUCCAGAUCAAUGGAGCCCGUUCCUCUCUGGAGAGAUCAAUCCAUAUGGUUACUGUUUAGGCGACCCCAUCAGCCACAUCGAUCCUACGGGGCAUAGGAAACAACAACCUUUAUCGAAACCACUAGGCCCCUUACAAGUAACAUUUAAAGAAGGCCCUCUUCUCAAUGGUCCCGAGGGACAACCGCCAUGGACAGGACACGUUGACUAUUUUGAUACAAUUGAUAGCAUGCCAGGCCUUCAGGACAUCAGGGAUUCAUGA